AUGAUAUUCCCACACAUUGACGCGAUCACUAUGAACACACUCAAAUUUGUCACCGGCAAUCCUAACAAGGUCAUCGAGGUCAACGCAAUCCUAGGCGGAUUAAUACCUGUUGAACCCGUCUCAUUAGAUCUUCCCGAGAUACAGGGAUCAUUAGAAGAGAUUGCAAUCGAUAAGUGUCGGCGAGCCGCUAAAAUUAUCAAUGGACCAGUCAUUGUUGAAGACUCAGCUUUGGAAUUCCACGCUAUGAACCGACUUCCAGGCCCGUAUAUGAAUGUUUCUCACGCAUCUUGGCUUUGCAAAAGUAAAUACUUCUUAGAGUCGCUAGGGAACGACGGUUUAAAUAGACUUCUUUACUCUCACACCGAUAAGAGUGCGGACGCCGUUUGCACAUUUGCCUUUUCCGCCGGUCCUGAGAUGGAGCCCUUGGUUUUUCAAGGAAGACUCGAGGGUAAAAUUGUGCCUGCUAGAGGUCCACCCGUUUUUGGAUGGGAGCCUAUCUUUGAGCACAAAGGAGAAACUCUUGCGGAAAUGGCGCAUGACAAGAAAAACAAACUAUCCCAUCGAUACCAGGCCUUGUUCAGGUUCCAAGAGUGGCUGGCUCGGGACAAUAACCGGUUAAUGAUCGGACACGAUUGGAUGGGCUCCAUUACUCUUUUCGUUGCCCCGCAGUUUGCUUGGAAUCGCGCGGGGACAAUUGCCAUAUUCCGAGAG